CGCUCGUCCAACGCCUCUGCGUGUUACGCCCUGUUUUAUCUCUACAAAUAAUCUCUCUCGGUGUUUGUCCGCACAAGAAUGAGCCGGAAGCUCGCCCCAGAAGCCAAUCGUAUCCUCUUCGUGAAGAAUCUCAGCUACAACGUUACUGCAGAGGAGCUUUUCGACUUGUUUGGCAAAUUCGGCCCGAUCAGGCAAAUUCGCCAGGGCAUCGCCAACAACACCAAGGGUACCGCUUUUGUUGUCUACGAGGACGUGAUGGAUGCAAAACACGCGUGUGACAAACUGAAUGGGUUCAACUUUCAGAACAGAUACCUUGUCGUCCUAUACCAUCAGCCAGAGAAAAUGGCUAGAUCGAGAGAAGACCUUGCAGAACGUCAAGAAAAUUUAGAACGUCUCAAACGACAACACGGGAUAGAAUAGUUACGGUAUUACUUCCUUCUCAUACUUAUCAGCCGUGAGCAAAAGCUUGUGGAGGGUGUGUGUUAUGGCCUCCUCGUCCUCUGGCGCCUCUCUGUCUGUCGGUUUUCUGGGUCUGGCGUUUCUUUUUACCAUUUGUUUCCCUUCCCGAUGACAUAUUAGUUAUUCGAUAUCAAUUGUUAUGACGGCUGUUUCUUGACUUCCACUUCAAAGCAUAUUCUCAUUCUGGAAGGAUCGAUCGAUAUUGUCUUUGUCAGUAUUGACAUGGAAUAUUGACAUUGUAUGCUAUUAUUUGCUUUAUGGAAAAGGAUGAUGAGCUAUGUCACGACUGCCUCGAGAUUUUCCGAUGUGUAAAAUCCGUAGAAUCUCCAAUCGCACCAGUCAGAAUCACCAAUCAUAUAUGGUAUAAAUUUGCAAAUAACAUUGAAAUAGUAGAAUCUUCA